AUGCAAUCGCGCCUGUAUUUCUCGAGAUUGGGCAGGGCCACACUGCAACAUACCAGUCUUUCCUCAAUAUCUGUCGGCGAUCAACUCCCUACACAAUCCGUAACCACAAGAUUCUCUAGGUACCUCAACAAUGAACGAGAGACGAGGCACUCGGGCAUCGAAGGAGAUGGCGGCACAUCCUCAGAGCAUCAUCAAGGCCAUGGGUUACAAUGGACCGAUGGAAAUAUUCCGGAAGAUGAUCCAACCAGCUCUGCAAGCUCGCAGCAAGAUCUGUUACGGUUCGGACAACGUUCAUCCUCCACCAAGUAUCCCUAUCGGCACAGUUGUACGCUACAGGACCUCCACACUCCUGCUGCACCAAGUAAUAUUGGAAUAUCGCGGCUAAGUUUGUGGAAGGACCAAGUCCGCCCUGGUUCCGUGACCCCUUCUAUUGCUCUUGGACAGUAUUUGGAUUUUGAAAUAGCUGCAGAGAAGCAAGUUUAUUGGCGUAAAGUCAGGCAUGUUCUCCCGGCCAAUGCGUUACCAACCAUGACCUUACACCAUCUUUAUAUCUCUUCAAUAUCAAAGGAUGAAUGGGAGUACCAUGAUCAUAUCCUGCGCAGCAGAAACGUUGCUUCUCUGCAAAGUCGCAGUUUGGGUAUUGCAGAUGUGGAGCGCUGGGCAUGGGUUCUCACCGGAGACUGCCCCGAGAGUUCCUAUAGCCAAAGAUCAGACCAGAUCGUGGAACGCCUGCUUUCACUCUCAGCGGAUCAUCCGACAUUUCUCCUGCUGGAAACUCUCCGGAAAGAUGUCCAAUACGUCAACACUUUGAGUAAACUCAUAUCGUACACGUGGUACUAUUGCGAUAAAUUUUCCUGGCCAGGUGACUCUCCCAAGUCGGACACGUUGACCUCAAAUUUCAGCCAAAUGCACGAUAAUGAGUUUGGAGUCCUAAUAAGCCGCUUGUUGUACCAGACGCGGCGGAUCUGGCCUGCUGCCACGCUCAGCGUGGCCCAUAUGGUUCCUCGCUUUAUACAGUCCCUAAGUAAUCAUCGUUCCUUGGAUCGGUCUGGACUCGACCAACGCAUUUUCGCUAGGAGUUGCGAUAUCGUCAACAACGUGAUACGUCGCUUGGCUUUACCUUCGUCCAUAGAGCCUCUCAAGUCUAUGGUCCACAACUGGUCAGCACAAAAGGUUCUACUGAAUCUUGCUGGGCAAUGCGAUCCCCCACUGAACUUGGACCACAGUAGCUACAGAGCCGUCAUCCAAGUUCUUACAGCAUCUCAAAAAAUCGAUCGGGAAUCGAAAGCUGCCAUCCUUCGGCUGCGAAGUUGGCCUCCAUGGAGAGCAGAGCAAGAUGGCAUGGACGCGCAAAGGAACCCGGACGAUGACUUGAGCCGCGCAUUGCUUGCGGCUAUUCGAGCGAGGGAAGCUGGAUUCCGAGAAACAUCUCACGACCAGCGUAUGCAAAUUCUUGGCGGUCAAGAACUUGAUGGCACGCCAACUAUUCACACACGAAAACUAGUCAAAUGGAGAGCUCAGGCUCCUCAUGAACGCAGUGAGACGUUGGCCGGAUCAUUUGAUGUAGACACAGCGCCUGUUCGUCCGAAGCUUGAUCAUCCAAACGUAUGGGCUGCGAGGGUCGAGGCAACCCGAGAUGUGAGAGAAGCCUGGCGAGCUUUCGUUGCCUUCGCAGCAAAGGAAGGGAAGCCGAAUCAAGCUUUGUACCUGGCAAUGUUCCAGAAACUCAAUCUUGAAAGAGCUCGACAGGGACGAAAAAGAGUUUUUGAAGCGGCUCCCGGAGAUGGAAAAGAAGUUCUUGCCGUACCAGAUGAUAACAUGAGUGAAUUCUAUAAGUCACACAGCAAACCCCCACGGCUCGACGCUCUUUACAAUCAGAUGCUAUUAUCUGGUAUCAAACCUUCCGGUCAAUGUUUAGUCUUCCUUGUUCGACACGCCAGAACAUCUACUGCCGGUAUCAAUUAUCUUCGCGACAGCGGUAUCAAUCCACUAGUAUUGCGAUACUGGACAGGAAGUAAAGACACGAGCACAUCCCCCAGUCAAAGACCUCCUACUGAUGUCAUAGACACUGUCAGUGAGGGACUCCUCUGUGCUUUCUUGCAUUUGAUAUGCCGGUUUGCUCCUCGUGCAGUCCUCGCCACUUCGACUGAAUUUGAGAAAUACAAACUAAAGCCUCUCAAUCCCAAAACGCCAGUGUCUAAUGGCUGGGCCAUCCAGGCACUGGAGAGAACCCCAUAUCCUCGACUUCGAGAUCCCUUAAGGCAAGCAGCUCGCUUGCUGAAAAACGAGAAAGUGAAGUUCCGGCCCGCUUGGUAUUGUCUGUUCAGAGCUUUGGCGCGCCCCAACGUUCUUUUGCGGGUGUCACUUAUUGGGGAGCCUGGGCACGACGCGCUUGCGUGGAGAUUCACUGUGGCUGUCCUACGCAACUUUCACGCAUGCGGGCUUGAACUUGAUCCUUAUGGGUUAUUGCUCAUCUGCAAUGUCUUUUUCAAAUAUGCCGAAGCCACGCAUGACGUCGCUCCCCUGGAACACGAGGCAGAACUAAGUCGAGGUGCUCAACUUCUCAAGGACGAAUUCGCCAAGAUAUCUCGAAGUACAGCUUUACCAUUCUGUAAAUCCAUACUCCUCCACUCCGUGAAAUGGGUCACUUUGCACAGUUAUGUACGCUGCAUGGGAAUCAUCGGUGACUGUGACGAGAUUAUCACAGUCCUCGAGUGGAUGGUCGAACACAGAGAUGUAUUGGAAGAAUGCAACAGCCAAGAGCGAAAUGGGCAGAUAAUGUUGUCGCGGACUCUUGUCGCAGCGAGAAUUUCCUGCUACGAAACAGAGUACGAGGCGAGGGCGAUGGAAUUAGUGAAGCAGGUGGAUACCUGGAAAUGGCCUGACGAUGGCGACUUGCAGCAGUAUACUCGGAGUCUGGAUAGCGAUCCAGAGGAUAGUUCAGAUCCGGGAGAGGACAUCGAUCCAGGAAGGGAGUAA